CCCAAAGGAAAAUCCCAGAUUUAAACCAGCAUUCCCCCCCCGUGCUCGUUACCAUUCCCGGACAAGCUCUCUCUGGCUGUGUCCGCCAGCUAAUUGCUCAGGAAAUCCGCGGUCCCCAUUGUCGAGUUGUCCCUUAAGCUGCUAAAUUCUGCCCCGGGCUCUGCCUGCCCCGGGCGAUGCUCUGGAAGGGAAUAGAGCCCCAGCAGAGGGACCCAGCAGAGACCCCGGCGCUGGGCGGGCUCAGGCACUGAUCAUCCCUCCCUGCCCAAUGGAAAACGCUUCCUAAGGAGCCCCCCGAAGUCUUCCCUCUCUUCUUUCGUCCCGUUUCACCCCCCCCACAAGACACGAUGGCCGCAGCCUUCAGCAUCUCGGGUUCCUCCGCGAACAAAGGGAAGAGAACAACUUCCAGGAGCUUCCAAGGUUGAAAAGAUGAAGGGGUGAAGUUUUCCCAAGUGGAGGAGGCACAUUUUUUGUUGUUGUUGUUUGGUUUGUUUUCCCGGGAUUCUCUUUCCUGGCACACACAAAACGGAUCCAUGGGGGCUGUCAGGGAGGAGGAACAGAGCUGAAACCCACCCCGCGGGCAGGAGCUCAGCCCUCUGCAGCGGAUGAAAGGAGUGGAGAAGGAGACGUGGUAGCAAGGUGUCCAGCAAGCUCCCUGAGAUGUGUUUCUCCGGGAAGAGAAGCGGUCGCCGCCUUCUUUUAUGGCUGUCCCUGCAGUAGGCUUUGAAGCUCUUCAGAAACACAUCACAAACUUGGCAUGGGAAACCACAGCAACAAUCAUACCUGUUUGACAGAUGAUUCCUUCAAGUAUAACUUGUACGGAGCCGUGUACAGCGUGGUCUUCAUCCUUGGUUUGAUUACAAACUGUGCCUCCCUCUUCGUUUUCUGCUUCCGGAUGAAAAUGCGAAGCGAAACGGCCAUUUUCAUGACCAACCUGGCUGUUUCGGAUCUGCUUUUUGUCUUCACUUUGCCUUUCAAAAUUUUUUAUAACUUCAACAGGCACUGGCCUUUCGGAGACAGCCUGUGCAAGAUUUCUGGCACAGCAUUUCUCACCAACAUCUACGGGAGCAUGCUCUUCCUCACCUGCAUCAGCGUCGAUCGCUUCCUCGCCAUCGUUUAUCCCUUCCGGUCUCGCACCAUCAGGACCAGGAGAAAUUCUGCCAUAGUCUGUGCUGGGGUUUGGAUCCUGGUCCUCAGCGGGGGAAUUUCAGCUUCGUUGUUCUCCACAACCAACGUUUCCAACACCAGCACGACCUGCUUUGAAGGUUUUUCCAAACGGAUCUGGAAAACCUACCUGUCUAAGAUCACUAUAUUUAUUGAGGUGGUCGGGUUCAUCAUUCCUUUGCUACUCAACCUUACUUGCUCUUCCUUAGUUCUCAGGACUCUGAGGAAACCCGCCACCUUGUCUCAGAUUGGCACAAACAAAGAGAGAGUAUUGAAAAUGAUCAUUGUGCACGUGGCCAUUUUCGUCGUGUGCUUCGUGCCUUACAACUCCAUCCUCUUCCUCUACGCCCUGGUGCGGUCCCAAGCGAUAGCAAACUGCUCCCUGGAGAGGUUUGCAAGGACAAUGUACCCCAUCACGUUGUGCAUUGCAACCAUGAACUGCUGCUUCGACCCUUUCAUCUACUACUUUACAUCAGAAACCUUCCAGAAGUCUUUCAACAUCAAAACCCAGAUAAAAAUGGAUUCUCUUUUCAAGACUGAGACACCUCUGACAAAAACUGCACUACCAGCAGCACAGGAUGAGAUAAGUGACCAGGCUAUAACAAAUGGGGGAGACCCAACAUCUGAAUCCCAUUUCUAGGGAGGUGUUUACACACGGAGCUAUCCCUCCCUUAACUUGUGAUUAACACCAGGUGUGAAGUGGCUGUGUCAGAAUUGGUGCCCUCACGCGUGGUGUUAGUGAAGAGAAAUUGCUGGGGGAACUCUGCACAGGUAGAGAAAUCCUUGUACUGAAAUAGUCCCAUCAAAAGCAACAGGAAAACAAGAAAUAUAAAAAUUCUGAUGGAUCCCCCUUUGGGGAAUAUGGAUAUGUGACAACAUAUGCACCAAGUAAGGAGGGAAAAGAAGAGAUUUUUUCUCAGAAAUGCCAACAUUUGCCAUUCUUUUCCCCCAGCAGCUGACACAGGACCAGUUGGGAUCUAGAAAAGCUAAUUUUCUUAGAGAUACAUGCCAAUAACAUUUCAUGCCUUCUGGAGAUGCAUCAUCAUAUGUUAACUCAAUAACUUCACACAAUAUGUAUGUUGCUUAAAAAGGCAUAAUAAAAGCUUCUGACUUUUCCGUGUU